GUUGUUUUGGUCGAAAACGUGGGCAAUUUUUAACUUUUUUGAUAAAAUUUCGUAAUUUUAGGGAAUUUCUUGAUCAAGGCGAACUGCUAGGCUCGGCUAGGAAACACUCGAGAAUAUUUCCGAAUUGAUGCCGUAUUCUGUGGCGUGUAACUCUCGAUAGCAAAAAAAGACCGCUGGCCGCGAAUGCUCAUACCUCGACUGUAUAACGGCUGGAGUACCCACUGCAGCGUUCGACUACGGCACUACUAUAAAAUCAAAAUGUGCGCGGAUUUACUACCACCGGCCACCGUCCGCGGAAUGGAGCAAUUGGAUCGGGACGCAUUCGCUAAAACGGUUCGUGUGCCUCAUCUGAUCAUUCCCGAGGCUACCAAUCUGAACAGUGCCGCACGUGCGUUGAAGCAAUACCUGCUUAAGAUGGAACACUAUAAGCCGAUCCGCAGCGAAGAGAGAAAAAUCACCCUCCAUCCGAUACCCGUGAAGCAGUGGGAAGAUUUGCCGGUAGAACCGCUCAAAGAGCUUGGCAUCGAGAAGGACUGCCUGGUGUGGGAAGAGAUUAAACUCUCGUAUGAAAACUACAAGUACGAUCUAAUCCUCAAAGCGGUUCUGCCAGAGAACCAGGAGGGACUGUCAGCGUUCAGUAAAAUCGGUCACAUUAUUCACUUGAAUCUGAAAAAUCAUCUGAUGCCCUAUCGCCGGCUGAUCGGAGAAGUGUUGAUGGAUAAAGUGGCCGACUGUCGUACGGUCGUAAACAAAUCGAACUCGAUUCAGAACACGUACCGCAACUUCGAGAUGGAGCUGAUUUGCGGUGUGCCGGAGUAUGAGGUAUCCAUCAAAGAGAACGGUUGCACGUACAAGUUCAACUUCUCCAGAGUGUACUGGAACCCGCGGCUCUCGACAGAGCACCAGAAGAUAACGGAUAUGCUAGAGGAAGGCGAUUUGCUUUACGAUCUCUAUGCCGGUGUUGGUCCGUUUACGGUACCUGCGGCGAAACGGGGUUGUACAGUCAUAGCCAACGAUCUUAAUCCUGAUUCAUACUCGGCCCUGGUUAUAAACUGUGGACUGAACAAGGUCAUGAGGAACGUCAAGUGCUACAACAUGGAUGCCGUCGAUUUCAUCAAAGUAGAACUACGCAACGAUCUGCUAGCCAAACUGGCGGAUGAUAAGUUUCAAGGAAACAUUCACAUUACGAUGAAUCUUCCUGCGAUGGCGGUUGAGCAUUUGGUACAUUUUCCUGGUCUGUUCAGUGGAGAAAGUAUCGAGUUGCGUAUCAAACCGCUGGUACAUGUGUACUGUUUCGCCCAGGGAGCAGACGAUAAGAAACCCAUCGCCCAGCAGAAGGUUGAGCAGUGGCUCGGGGUGGAAGUGACCGAUAUGCUGAAGGAAAUCACCUUCGUACGCAACGUUGCCCCCAACAAGGACAUGAUGCGUGUUAGUUUUUAUCUUACGGAAGAAUUAUUAAAGGGUACGAAGAGGCCCGCAGAGGGAAAACGACGAAACAGUGAUACCGGUUUGGACGCUAACGAAACGAAAAGACAAUGUACGGAAUCCACCAGAUCUAGGGAUGGCGAAAAAGGCGAACAAGCUGAAGGAUCAGCCUAAGCAGUUGGCCAAGAAGGCGAAAAAUGUGUUUGCUGUGUCACAGACCAAAAAAGGCAAUCUAAAGAAAACCAAGGAAGUGGCCGCAAAGCUGAAGAAGAUUAACGUUCAAGACAAACGAGAAAAAGUGGACGCCAACUUUAAGACCCUGCACGCGCAAAUUGUCGCGAAGAAGACACCGAAACCUGCACCGAGACCUCUCCCGGCGAAGAACAAAACCACACCAGACACCAACA